AUGGAAGAGACACAGACCGAGCGACAGCAAAUGGUACGCCGCCACCACCGCGAGAAGAAAGAACUGCAGGCCCAGAUCCAGCGCAUGAAGAAUGCAGUGCCCAAGAAUGACAAGAGGAGGAGAAAGCAGUUACUCGUCGAUGUGGCCCAUCUUGAGGCCGAACUGGAGCAGAAGCACCAGCAGGAGCUGGAGAAAUUCCAAGAGAACUUCCCUGACGACAGCAGCCUUGACUCCGUCGCCAAAGACCUGGCCAAGAUGGAUCUGGAGAACCAACCACCCCACGUGACGCGGGCCCAGAGGCGGCGAGAGCGGAGGGUGGCCCUCGAACAGGAGCGGCUGGAAAGGAUCUCCGAGGCCAAGAUGGAGCACCUUGCCAGCUUCCGCCACAAGGAGGAAGAGAAGCUGGCCGCCAUCCUGGGGGCCAAGAACCUGCAGAUGAAGGACAUCCCGGCCGACGGCCACUGCAUGUAUCGCGCCAUCCAGGACCAGCUGGUGGUCACCGUGACCCUGGAGUGCCUCCGGGGCCGCACCGCUGAUUACCUGCGCAAGCAUGCCGACGAAUUCCUGCCCUUCUUCAGCAACCCCAAGAACAGCGACGGCUCCAGGCUUGAAGACUUCAUGAGCUACUGUGACGACAUCGUGCACAGCGCAUCGUGGGGUGGCCAGCUGGAGCUCAGGGCCCUGUCACACAUCCUGCAGACCCCCAUCGAGGUGAUCCAGGCCGACUCUCCCAUUGUGCUCAUCGGGGAGGAGUACACCAAGAAGCCGCUCGUGCUCGUCUACCUGCGCUACGCCUGCAGCUUCGGCGAGCACUACAACUCCGUGAAGCCGCUCGAUGCCCGUGCCGUUGGGGGUGCACCGCCACUCUUCUAG